UGUGCGCAUGCGCUGUCACUUGUCGCGUGUGCGCACGCGCUAGCGCUUUCCGAGUGUGCGCAUGGGCGGUCGCCUGACGAGAGCGCGCGCGCGCGCGCGCGGGCGCAGGCGGCGGCGCAGGUGCCCGCGGGCGGCGGCGGCAGCGGCGCGUGCGGCAACGGCGCCGGCAGCAACGGCGGGCUGGCCGGGCGCGCGCUGGCCGACGAGGACUGGUUCCACGGGGUGCUGCCCCGCGAGGAGGUGGUGCGCCUGCUGACGCGCGAGGGCGACUUUCUGGUGCGCCAGACGACGCGCAACGACGAGUGCCAGACCGUGCUCAGCGUCUGCUGGGGCGGCCACAAGCACUUCAUUGUGCAGACCACCGCCGAGGGCCACUUCCGCUUCGAGGGCCCGGCCUUCCCCACCAUCCCCGAGCUGAUCGCGCACCAGCUGCAGAGCGCGCUGCCCGUGACGGGCCGGUCGGGCGCCGUGCUGCGCAGGCCCAUCCUGCGCGAGCGCUGGGAGCUCAACAACGACGACGUGCUGCUGCUCGACAAGAUCGGCCGGGCGCGCCUCAAGUCGUCGGGGCAGGAGGUGGCGGUGAAGACGUGCCGCGUCACGCUGCCCGAGGAGCACCGGCGCAAGUUCCUGCAGGAGGGCCGCAUCCUUAAGCAGUACGACCACCCUAACGUGGUGCGGCUGAUCGGCAUCUGCGUGCAGAAGCAGCCCAUCAUGAUCGUGAUGGAGCUGGUGGCCGGCGGCUCGCUGCUCACCUUCCUGCGCAACCGCGCCGCGACGCUCACCCAGCGCCAGCUGCUGGGCAUGUGCCGCGACGCGGCCGCCGGCAUGCGCUACCUCGAGAGCCGCAACUGCAUCCACCGCGACCUGGCGGCGCGCAACUGCCUCGUCGGAUAUGAAAAUAUAGUCAAAAUCUCUGACUUUGGCAUGUCACGAGAAGAAGAAGAAUACAUUGUGUCUGAUGGCAUGAAGCAGAUUCCCAUUAAAUGGACAGCACCAGAAGCUCUCAAUUUUGGGAAAUACACCUCACUAUGUGAUGUGUGGAGCUAUGGAGUGCUAGCAUGGGAAAUCUUUGCAAGAGGUGGCACUCCAUACAGCGGAAUGAGCAAUUCAAAAGCACGAGAGAAAAUCGAUGCUGGCUACCGAAUGCCGGCCCCAGAAGGUUGUCCAGAUGAAAUGUAUCGACUGAUGCUCAGAUGUUGGGAAUAUGAACCAGAAAACAGACCACAUUUUGAGCAGAUAUAUCUCGUUGUUGACACACUAUUUGGAGCACAAAGGUAGCAGACGUACCUGGAUCAUGGGUGUCAUCUUGCCCUGAGGACAAUAGAACGAGAAUCAGCUUGUGCAAAUAAGUUGUAAGAUUUUGAAUCAAGGACAUGAGAUAGCUCCUUGUACAUGCAGCAGAGUUGGGAAGGGAAGAGAAAAUAAGUUCAGUGCUGUCACAUAGUUAACAGCUUAUUUCCCGACAAUGAACAUAAUGUGUUACAUGAAGUGUUAUCUCUUAUCAAAGUGCAGCUUCAUGGAUAAGUUUGCAGUGACAUUUUCAUUGCUUAACUUCAACAUUCAGCUAAAUGUUUGAAGCAAUAUGAAGAGCAUGAGUUGAAAAUUUUAACCCCCAUAAGAAUUGUAUAUUGGUAGUUGCUCAGUAGAUUUCAUUGAGUAAGUAACAAUUUUGCUCAUAUUUUGUUUGCCAGCUUUUUAUUUAAUGUUUUCAACUUUUGCUCAAAUUGUGAAUUUUGCAGCAAAUACCAUAGAGCAUUGUAAGGUGAAGAAAAGUGUGUAGAUAGUUUCCAAUUUAAAAUUAUUGUGUGUUUUCACACAUCACCAGCUACUAUUUGUUUGUAAGUUGUUAGUGUGAGACAUCAACUUCAUAUUUUAUAUUAUUCAUUAUUGUAUAUAAUUUUAUAUAUAUAUAGAAACCGACCACGACCGGACUCUACUAACGAGAUUUUCUUUCCUAAAACAAAAACAUAUCCACGAUCGACGCCAUUACUGUAUUUGGAAGAGUGGCGCCGACAAUCUAGUUGUCAUCUUGACAACUAGAUGGCAGGUCAUUCGCCAUUGUAAUAGUGUACGAAUUAACGGCGGGAAUUCCGGACGAUGGCAAAUUUGUUGCUAUUAAUAUCGUGAAAGGGAUCUACCACUUCGUCAGCAAACAAGUUAAGGUAAAAAAAUGUUUUAAUUUCAAUAACGCAAUUCUCCCUUUCACGUCGGAACGGACUUUUACAGCAUUUGACAUAAUUAAAUUAUUUAUUGACUCGCCUUCGCCCCUUUAGUAUUUUCAUUUCAGAAGAGUUAUGAAACUGGCGAAUUUUAUUACGCCACAACUCUUAAAUUUUAAGUUUAUUAAGAAUAUGUACAUCUCUUCCAUCGUGAACUACAGGCCGUUUUCCCCUGUUACUGGUUGUAGCUAUCACACAUAUUACCAAAUAUGGUGCUACUAGUGCCUUAUUCGCCAUGUGUUUUGGUAUGCAUGUUUGAGACUAUACUUAAAUAUCUUGUAAUGUACAUGCCAAGAGAGUCUGUUAUAAAAUACUCAGCAGGA